UCAGUUGACUGAAAGCUGUGGGGAGCUAUAUUCGCCGCGCAACCUUCUAAACGGUUUGAUAUUGAAUGAUUAAGUAACCACUUUACGGUACGAUCUAAUCUUACAUGCGAGUGUUGAAACGAUUUAAGAUAAACUCAGUGAAAUGUCUAUAUGUUUGUUUUGAAAAAAAUAUCGUGUUUGUGUAUGAACAUUUUGACUGAAGGACAUCCUGAAAUCAUUCAUGAUAAGAACCACAAAAGCGUGAAGCUCGUGAUAAUACGUUGCGCUGCGGUCCAAGAAUGAUUUGAAUAUUUUCGAAGAGCGCGUAAUCGCGCGAAUGGUUGCCGGAGAUGAGAGCGCCGCGGCGCAUGACAAGUGCGCUGCUGCUGCCAUUUGCAUUGCUGUCACUUCCACAUGCACAUGCAGCCAACGUCACAACGUACAGAGAAAAACUGGAGUCGUCACUCCGGCUCGUCCACGCAGUCGCCACAGGCGCGACCGGAGCGCUCUGUGUCACGCAUCGCUACGGUCGUCUGCGAGCGCCCAUGCACACAGCGCGGUGGAACGCGGCAAGGGCCCGGGCAGAUCUCGCCGCUAACAUCCUGCAUCAAGUGGGCCUGGAGACCGCUGAAGUCCUCAUGGCAGUAUCCCAAGGCUUGGUGAUGGGUUCGAGCACAUCAGAACGCGCCGUUGGAGCUAGAGCGAUAGCCCUCAGAACAGAUGGGUUGGUCAAUAGCGCGGUGGCGUGGGAAAGGUUUGGAGCUGCUGAACCAGUGGCUGUUGUUUCUCCGCAGUUAGAAAAGCCACCAGAUAUUGAAUAUCCAUGGUACGUAUCAGCCCAAGAAAGUGAAACGGUAAGAUCGCCGAAGUUCAUGCCCUCACCACCUGGGGCGACUAUGGAGGGAUGGUGGACGUACCCUUACUACAGUUGCGAGGCGGAACGUUGGCUGCUAUCUUAUACGGUCCCCGUGCCAACCAUCCGCGGAUUAAAAGGUGUUAUUUCCCUAGACGUUGAUAUAUCGAAUCUGGAGAUAAAUCAGUGCGAAAUGGACGGCGAAGAGGGGAACGACAAUCAAAUUUAUUCAUUCCAUGGAACUCACAAGUGCCCUAACGACACAACUUUCUGUGACUACAAACCAAAUCGUGAGAUAAGCGUCCGUCACGCUGGCUGGGCGCGUGGAUCCUACAUCUGCCGGUGUCGACCAGGAUUCUACUCCAUUCACCAUCCCGAAGGAUUUAACGGAUCACUUGUUGAAGUUGCAUACCAAGAAUAUGCGGAAAACGGCUUAGAAAAUUGGAGCGAGCCAUACGAAUGUCUGAUGUGUCAGCCUGGAUGCGAGACUUGUCGGGGCCCGGAGCCUUGUCUAGCUACAUACAACUGGCCUUUUCGGAUAUCUCUAUUGGUGAUUUCUGUGACCUGCGCGGUGAUGACGGUACUGCUCACGAUUUACACGCGCCACCACCGUCGAGUCAAAGUGUUUCGCGUCGCUAGCCCCGUCUUUCUGUCCAUCACUCUACUUGGCUGCGCUAUUAUGUAUAUGGAGAUGGCAGCUAUAUUUCCCGUAUUGGACCGUUAUUCUUGCAUCGCCACGAAAUGGACUCGACACAUGGGUUUCUGUAUUACCUACACUGCUCUUCUUAUGAAAACAUGGAGGGUUUCACUCACAUAUCGCGUCAAGUCAGCCCACAAGCUAAAGCUGACAGACAAGCAGUUACUGCAGUGGAUGGCGCCUAUCCUCCUUAUCAUGCUGGUCUAUCUCGGCACUUGGACAUUGUCCGCGCCGCCUGAUGCUGAAGUCAUUACAGACAACAAAGGACUGAAGUUCAAACAGUGCACGUACAACUGGUGGGACCAUAGUUUAGCUAUAGGAGAGAUCCUGUUCUUGUUAUGGGGCGUGAGAGUGUGCUACCGAGUGCGGCACGCCGAAAGCCUCUACAACGAAGCGCGGCUAAUCUCCAUCGCGAUAUACAACAUAUUUACCGUCAAUUCACUUAUGAUUGCUUUCCACUUACUAAUCCUGCCACGAGCUGGCCCUGAUAUAAAAUAUCUACUCGGCUUCAUCAGAACACAGUUGUCCACUUCAACUACAGUAUUGCUUGUGUUUCUGCCAAAAGUUUUGCGCGUGGUGCGCGGUACAGGCGAUACGUGGGACAGCAGGGCGCGUGCGCGCGGCGUUCCCGCGUCCUCUUCUCUAAAUGGAAUCGGUCUAGUGCCCGACGAGCCGCCUGACCUCUACCAGGAGAAUGAGGAGCUUAAGGAGGAAGUGCAGAAGCUAGCAGCACAGAUAGAGUUCAUGAAGAUAGUGCAGAUGGAGAUGCACAACCGGCACCUGCGACCGCGACCCGGUGGCUACUUCACCACCAGCGGCAACGCGCUCGCGAGUCCCAUGCACGCAAAGACUCUUAACAUUUCACAAGAAAGCACAGAGUGGUCAGGGCCCGUGUGACGGGUGGCUCUCAGCGAUAGCGGCUGGCAGUGGCCGGGGCCGGCGGGCAAGCGCAUCGUCACCGCCGUCGACGCGCGCUCGCCCUCCUUCGUGUGACAAGCCGCUCCAGUGUAUUUACCAUUAGUUACCUUCAUUAUACAGUAUAACACUGGUUUUCCACCAGGAAUCUGUGGAGAUGUGUGUCAUAUAGUUGCGAAUUUACAACCAACCAAAAUAUACCAUUUGAAAACUCCGGUAACGUCAAGAGCAGCACAGAAUCCAUACUAUUAUAAUAUUAUAAAUGCGAAAGUUUGGCUGUCUGCUUGUCUGCUUUCUUUUUACGGACCAAACAUUUAACCGAUUUAUAGCCUAGAUCCCGAUGAUGGUCAUAAUUUACAAGUUCCUAUGGAAUUCAUAAAAACUUAAUCCAGUGGACGAAGUAGCAAGCAUCAUCUAUUUACAGAUAGUAUAGAGUACAAGCUUCAUAUUAUGAAGACUACUUUUCAUCCCGAAAAAUCAAAGAGUUCCUAUGGGAUUUAAAAAAAAAUUGCUAAUUUACUGUAAAAGGACACAAAAACUUGAUGCAAUCGGUUAUAUUUAAUAGUAGCUAGAUAAAAAGCAGUAAGUACUAAAUAAACCAAAAACUUUCCUAAAAAAGAGUAUGCCAGAAAACGCUCUUGAUCGUCCCUUCAUUCAGCUUCACCUACCCACGUUCCUGGUGGAAAGACAGUUUAAUGGAGAAAGAGGAAACGGGCUGUCAAAUUUAACAUGUCUGAAGAAGAACAAUCGCCUUCUUUUUAAACAAAGAAAUGCGUAAUACAAGAGGUUUUUCUUUUCAUUCAAUUUAACUUUUAGUGAGUGUUCACUCCUAACUUAAUGUCAGGCGCCGACAGGUGACCCGGUUCACUACUGAGUCCCACUCAGUGUGAAUGUGAAUUCAGACUGCAUUUUUCUCUCCAUGCUGAAAAUACGCUGUAGCUAC